AUGGAUCCUGGGGGCCACGACCGCAUGGCCCAUGACCACAACGAGGACGAUGGCGACCCCAACACCCCUGGGCGGGAACGCCAGCCGGCACGUGAGGAUGGCACCCUCACGGUGUUCUUUCCCGUGCCCCACACGGUCCGGUGCUGCGAGGAGGGCUGCCGAGCUGCGUACGCCGCGGCCAAAUGGACAGCGCGGCGGCAGUCCCUCCAGCGGCACCUCGAACUCGAGCACGGUGCCAGAAUCCGGCGCACCAUCAACGUGUGCAGUAUCUGCGGCGAGACACUGGGGCUGAGACCAGCCUCCCACGCCUGCCUGGCUGCAGCCGACUCGACCGCCCCCCUGCUGAGGGGCUUGAGCAACCACGAACAGUGGCACAGGAGGGAGGCGGCACUAGCAGCCAGGCGUGAUCUCGCCGCGGGUGCUGCCUCUGGUGCGUCGGAGCAGGACAAUGACGGCACCCCCCCAACAGAGCAGGACAGCACCGAGGGUCCCGCUGAGGACCCUCCAGAAACACCAGCAGUGGCCACCGAGCAGGCCGCCGACCAGGAGCCGUCUCCUGUGGCGCCUCGAGGAAGACCCGGACAAAGCAGCGAUGGCGAGAUGGCCGAGGCACCCUCUCAGGGGACGCCAACCCAAUCAGGGCGGACCGCAGCCUCGGCCACUCCUUCUCCAACACCAUCGCUGCUGUCCAACCGAGGCAGCCCGGGAGCACCAGCCUCCGAGGCUCACGAGCCGGCGGCCAUGCAGGAGCUCUCCCCAGGCAGGGCAGGGUCGCAGGACCAUGACGGAAGCACCCAGGACUUCGUGACCCAGGAAGAACAUGCUGGUACCACGAGGCCAGAGGGCAGUGCAUGGGGCUUAGAAGACGAGACGGCAGAGCUGCGGGCAUUGAGCCGGUUGCCUGAGUCUGCUGGGGAGUGGGCACGGUUUGAAAACAUCCUCGACCGUGCCAUUGCAGCCGCAACCAAACAUCUGCGGCUGCCAGUCGGGGACUCGCGCCAAUCACGGAGGCGCGAGGUGAACCCCGACAACCCCCAGCAGAUCCAAACACUUUACCGAAGGAACCGGCGCCGGGCAACAACAACCGUGGAUACCAGCAUCCUGCGGUCAAGGCUUCCGGCCACCGAAGAACUGGACUUGUGCCCCUUUUUACCGGAAGAAGUCGCAGCCAAGCUCCGUAAAUGCGAGAGUACAGCUCCAGGGGAGGACCGCCUCACGUACCACCACUGGAGGCAGGUGGACCCUGGGGGCAGGUUCCUGGCGGCGGUAUACAACGUAUGCCUCCAAUACCGCCGCACACCCCUGAGCUGGAAGUCGACGAGGACAAUCCUGAUUCACAAGAAGGGCGACCGCGAGGACCCCACAAACUGGCGACCCAUUGCCCUUGGUCGCACGAUCGCCAAACUCUAUGCCGGGUGUCUCACCACCCCGCUGCAGAGGUGGUUGGGCGACCAUGCGGUACUGUCUAGGUGUCAGAAGGGCUUCCUGCCGCACGAUGGGGUGUUUGAACACAACUUCGUGCUGCAGGGACGCCUGGAUGAUGCCAGGACAGGAGGUGGGGAGCUGUGCGUGGGGUUCCUCGAUUUUGCCAACGCCUUCGGCUCGGUCGCCCAUCAGGCCCUCGUCGACGCUGUCCGCGGCGCCGGCGCGGGGGAGGCCUUUGCUACCAUCGUUGAAGACCUCUACCGCGCCAACACCACCUGCUUUGUGGCAGCAGCUGGCAUUACGGAGCCAAUCACCAUCGGAGCCGGGCUGAGACAGGGCUGUCCUCUGAGCAGCCUGCUUUUCAACCUGGUGGUGGACCCGGUCAUCCGUGCAGUACAGGGAGGCGAUAGGCAGCACAACAUCCUUGCCUACGCCGAUGAUCUGACGCUGCUGGCCGCGGAUCCCACCACCCUGCAGAGCCGCUUGGACCGUGUGACUGCCCUGUCGGCCCGGCUUGGGCUGCGACUGAACGCCGCCAAGUGCCGAUCUCUACACCUGUCUGGUCGCCACCCCGUGGGUACACGGCCCACCUCCUUCACCGUGGGUGGCGACCCGAUUCCGGCGCUUGGCGACUUCGAGGGGCACAAGUUCCUGGGCCGUCCAGUGGGGUUCAGGGUGCUGCCGGACGAGACGACGGUCGACGAGGCCAUCCACCUAGGCAGAAAGCUACUCUCCUCCAUGCUCGCCCCAUGGCAAAGGCUGGAUGCCAUAAAAACCUUUUUGUAUCCAGCCUUGAACUUUGCCAUGCGGGUGGGCCUUGCCAGCAAAGGAGAGUGGCAACGCUUAGACGAGGAGCUCCGCCCGCUCAUCAAGAAGACCCUGUACGUGCCAGCCAGAGCUUCCAAUGAAUACUUGUACGGAAGCUCUCAGGCUGGCAGUGCAGGGACCCCACUUGCGGCGGAGCUCAGCGACAUCUGCCGGGUGGAUGGGGCCUUCAAGCUACUGACGUCGACCGACGUGGAAGUCCGGGAGCGUGCCGCAGGGGACCUAGAGGGCGUCGUGUCAAGGCGGCUCAGACGACCCACGAACACCGAGGACAUGGAGGCCUACCUCUCAGGCGAGACGGAGGGCGACUUCCGACAAACGUCCACACAGGUCCAGUCUGUGUGGACGGAGGCCCGGAAAGCCUCCCGUCGCCUCUCCGUCGCCUGGGAGCUCUUGGAGCAUGGGGCCCGCAUCAACUGCGGAGAGGCCUCUGUGUCAGCGAGGAACCGCCACAAGCUGGUCAAGACCAUCCGGGCGCUCCUCUCCACCGAAAGGGACAGAGCUCUGCAUGACAAACCGAACCAAGGCAAGGCGAUGGUGUGUGUGGCGGCCGACCCGGCAAAUUCCCACUUCAUGAGGUCCGGCCGCUACACCCGCUUCACCGACUGGCGUUUCGUGCAUCGAGCCCGGUUAAACCUCCUCCCCCUCAAUGCCACAAGACUCUGGGCACCCGCAGCCGACAAAAGAUGCAGGCGCUGCGGGUAUGGGGAGGAGACACUGCCGCAUGUACUAUGCCAUUGCAUGCAGCAGAGCCGGGCCAUGACGGAGCGCCAUAACACCAUCGUCGCCAGAAUAAAAAAGGCUGCCUUGGGGAGGUUUACAGUCAUCGCAGAGAACCAGGUCGUGGGCACCACAUCACUCAAGCCCGACCUGGUACUGGCCCGUGGAGAGGAGGCACUGAUCCUGGACGUCUGCUGCCCUUUCGAGAACAGGCUGCAGGCGUUCCAGGACGCCCGGAAGGCUAAGGAGGAGAAGUACGCCCCUGUACAGCGUCAUCUCCUCCGGCGGUUCCAACGCGUGACGGUGGACGCGGUCGUCGUCGGCUGCCUUGGCACCUGGGAUCAGGGGAAUGAUCGUGUGAUGCGCAGGCUGUGCAGUAGGCAAUACCUACGGACACUCAAACGCCUGUGCAUCAGCGACACGAUCAGCGCCUCUACAAAGAUUUUUAGAGCCCACAUAGGCACCUUUUAA